ACCAGCAGGCUGUACUACGCUCUAGGUCUAUUGGCCUGUACCAGGUUCUAGAAAUUAGUGCAGUCUGAACAGCAGUAGUUUCAUAAAGCUUGCUGGUAGCUGUUCUCUAUUGUGCUGGGUUUCUGCUUUCGUUAUCGCAGCAUAACAAGCGGUGCUGUCGGCCAGUUUCGAUCUUGCGAGUGAAGCAGCUGGGUUUGUGAUGGUCGAAAUGCCAGCAGCCACGUCGGAUCGCCGGCUAUAGCAAGAUGGAAAUGCGACUCCGAGCAUUCGUCCGCUUAGCCAAAUUUCCCCGCUAGGGAUACUGGAAUUCUGGUUUCCUUUCCCAGAAGCCUAUCUUUGAGGCGCCUCAGAAAUUUGUUUUUUCUUUCUCGAGAUUUCGUCGUCCUCUCUAUACGAUCCCCCGCUAUCGAAGCCAGAUCCUGCUGACCGAUCGUCAAGCUUCCAUCUUUUGCCGCUUGCGCUUCAAGAUUCCGUUCCUGCUCCGUCGCUCGUCGUACCGAUUUUGCUACCCUAACAGGCUCUUCGUGCCACGGACUGACUUACCAGCCUCGUUUUUUCGUAUCCGGCAUAGAUUUGGCAUCCGCCUCAUUAGAUUCUUCGACACGUGAUUUUCUUCCUUGAGGCUCUCCCAUUGCCUUGAGAUUCCCUCGUGCCAUGUACGCGCAAGGCUCGCCGGGGUACCACACCCCGUACACCUCCCCCUAUGCCUCCCCCUACACUUCCCCCGCCAUGGGGGGGCAGCUCCCCCGCCGACCGCUCCCCAUGGCCUCCUCCGCCCCCUCCACCCCCUCCUCCGGCGACUCUCGCUUCGCCGCAUCCCAUGGGUUCCAGUACAACGCGCGCGUCGCCACCGCGCUGCUGCCGUGCGUGCUGGUCCUCCUCGGCGCGGGGGGACCGCUCGUUGUAGGCACGCUCGUCGCGGGGCUCAUGAUUUCGUACAUCCUGGACGCGCUGCAGUUCAAAAACGGCGCGUUUGUCGCCAUCUGGUGCACCUUCUUCACCACCGCCGCCGCGCUCGCCUUCUCCGGGCUCGGAUUCGCGCCCCACAUCCCCGUUAUAAUCUCCGUGCUGAUUCUCCUCACAGCGAUGCACCUCGUGUUCCUCUGCGGCGUCUGGGUGUCGCUCCAGUUCCGCUGGCUACAGCUGGAGCACCCGUUUGUAGUCCUCGCGUUAGAGCGGCUCCUGUUCGCGUGCACGCCCAUGACAGCCAUCGCUAUAGUCACAUACGGGCUCAUGGCGGCCGUGGGCGCGGCGUACGCGCCCUUCUACCUCAUGCCGUGCCUCUUCGCGCUCUACUGGCUCUUCUCCCUCCCCCGCCCCUCCUCCUUCAAAACCUCCAAGCACGCGCACGCGCACCAGCAGCAGCAGCAGCAGCCGCGGUACGGAGGCAAGGAGGGCCAGGACGUGUGGAUAAUCGGUUCGAUGGAGGGGCUGUUUCACAUGAUGCUGGUGCUGUUCCUGCCGUGCGGGUUUCAUCUCGCGGUGCACCACAACCGGAUCUUUGAGUCAGCGAACGAGGCGUGUGAUACGCUGCUGCUAUUCUUCCUGCCCGUGCUCUUCGUGCUGUUCGCGUCGACCCGAGGGGCGCUGAAUUGGCUCACCGCCGACAAAGUCAAGCUCAAGCGGGUCCAAGUGCUCAACGGCGGCUUCUCACUAGCUGUCGUCCUCAUCUGUGUGGAGAUCCGCGUCGUCUUCACGUCCUUCGCGCACUACAUCCACUUCCCGCCGCCCCUUAACUACCUCCUCGUCACCCUCGCCCUCUUCGGCCUCGGCUUCGGCUUCGCGGCGCACAUGAUGGGGCUGCUCAGGGGUUCAGUGGGGUCCGCAGUGGUGACGACUGUGCUGCUGGUGUCGGCUGUGGCUGGGUCACUCGUUCUCGGCAUGCCUAUCACGGUGCUCCCUGCCCCGGCCAUAGCAGCGGCGUAUCUCGCGCACUACUACUCCACGGGCUCCAUCACGUCCUACUUCAUAUUCGCGGCCGCCACGUUACUAGCAGCAGCGUGGUUCGUUAUGGACCAGUUCUUCUCCCUCGCUAUAGUCUUCGCUGGCCUCUCCCUAAAGUCCAUCUGCCAGCAGAUCCUCCUCGCCCUGCUGCUGGCUCUUCUGGUCCCCGGGGCGGCUCUCUUCCAGAAGCCGCAGCGGGUGGUUGGGGUGGUUGUUGUGGUGCAGGCCUUCCUGUUCUCCAGACUCGAGAGUCUUCUCUACAACGGCGAGGGCCAUGCAGAGGGGGGCGUGUACCCCGCAUACCUCGUGCUCGCCACCACGGUGGCUGGUUUUGUCUCGAUGCGGAAGCUCCGGGCGGCGGGAAAGAUCGGGCCAGUGGCGGAGUGGCUGGGCGUGUGUCUGUACCUGGCGAAGCUGCCCAUGCUGGCGGUGCACUCCCAAGGCGUGCUGCUGGGCUCCCAGCUGCUGCUGCUCGCCAUCUCUCCCCCCUUCUUCCUCUACCAGGACAGGGCGCGUCCGGGGUCAAGGAUGAAGGCGUGGAUGGGGCUAAUGCACGCAGGGCUGGUGCUGCUCACCGUGCUCUUCUGCCGCUACGUCAUCUUCGACGUCAUCGUGUCUGCGUCGGGCCACAAGCCCUCCCACGCGCUGCUCAUCGGCUCACUGGGUCUCAUCACCGUUGCGGGGUGCCUGCCCAUUGUCGCCAUCCACUUCCCCAACAGCCUCAAAGCACGCAGGGCAGCAGCGCUGGCAGUGGCGGCCUGCCUCCUCUUCCUGGUGCUGCAGCCGCCGCUCCCCCCUGCAUGGCACGUGGUGUGGGACGAGGACCACUUCCCAGACGACGACCCCGAUGAUUCCACCAUCUAUGGGGAGAGCCUGGAGGGGCCUGUCUGGCCCGUGUGGCUGCUGCUGGGGACGAUAGUCUCAGCCUUGGCUGCGUUUUUCUCAGCUAUUCCCAUAGCUAAGGUGGAGUCUGUCCGGCUCAUCUAUUCAGUGGCAAUCGGCCUCUCCACCGGCAUCUACCUCACCGCCAAGUUCAUCCCUCUAGCGCCAUUCCUCGCCCGCCUCCUCCUCCUCGCCGCCUCUGUCCUCGCCGCCCUCUUCCUCGUGCUCACUCACCACCCCACUGCCUGGAGCGCCAAGCUCAUGCCGGCGCUCUUCGCCGCCCAGAUUCUGCUCUUCCCGGUGCAGUACUUUGCGCUGGGGCAGGCGAGCAUGGUGGACAAUGGGGAUGGCGAGCUGGUGGCUGACUUCCAUGAGGAAACGAGGCUCGAGGGAUACGCCAACGCCCUCUGUGCCAUCUACUGCACUUUCUUCCUGCUCGCCGCCCUUGUCAUCAAAUUCAAGCUCUCAGCAGCACUACGGGACAAACUCGCGGGUGCCGGCGCGGGCGGCGGGCGGGCGGCAGUGGGAGGGGUGGCCGGCGAGGGUGUGUCGGCCAAUGGGGAGUCGGCUCUCCCCAAGAGCUCGCCUUUCGGUCCCAAGCACAGAGCCAUUCAGACCCGCCCAGUGGAUCUCCUUUCGGCCUUCUUCUCCCGCAAGUCCUGGAUGCCGCUCGUCGGCAACAUCAGCACUGUCCUCGCCUUCCUCCUCGCCCUCCUCCUCUCCUCCGAGUUGGCCACAUCAGACACCGCCAGCCACUCCAUCUUCCUCCUCGUUCCCAUCCUCCUCCUCCUCAACCAAGACUCCCAAACCCUCGGAGCGUUCUCCGACCGCCACCGCUACGUCCCCCUCACAGCCGUCCUCUCCGGGUACCUCCUCUUUACCAAUUUCCUCCUCCUGUUUUCCGAGGCUUACUCGGGGAUCUACUACUGGGGAGCGGAGUGGUUUACGGAGGAAAAUGCCUUCUUUCUGUGUGCAAAGUCGCUGCUGCUGCUGCUGCUGUGCGCGCCGAUGCACUAUGUGUUCAACCGGUUCAUGUGGGAUAGCAAGAGGAGGGCGGAUUACCUCUUGCUGGUGCUGGGCCCGCUGUGCGUGCCAGCCGCGGUGCUGCCGUCGGGGAGUGAGGACCUUCCCUCGAUUAGGACGGUGGGGUGGCUUGGAGUCGUUUAUGCGGUGGUACAGUACUUGGUUUCUCGGCACGUUAGAAUCGCAGGGAUGAAGUUUAUUUAGAAACAAGACACUCCAAACUGGUUCAGACUGCUAGCACUUACAUACCGUAAGAUUACCAGGAAGGCCAGGUGUGUUAGGUUAGGAUGCAAUGUGGAGUAAUUACGGUAGUAAAACAACUACGGUACGCCUAACUGGUGGUCUGUUUGGUUCGAUUCAAUCUCGCGGCAAUAGAGGGAGGAUUCCGUACAACUGUGUGCGGGCAGCAAAAGCCGAUCGCGUCAGGGAGCCAGGAGCAUGUUUUGACCAGAGCAGAGCAGUGGGUUGCUCCAGGGUGGGGUGGGAUGGUGUGUGCCUUGAUAUGGUAGUGUGCUUGGAUUUGAGGUAUGAGAUGACAUUUACU